AUGGCCAUGGCAAAGCUCGCAAGCUCUUCGCCCUUGGUCCUCGCCCUCGUCUUGGUAGCGGCGGCGAUGGCCGCCGUGGCCACCUCUGACGCCGGCGAUCGCCUGUGCCACGAGGACCUGAUGAACGCCGCUGCGCACUGCCAGAACUACCUGACGCACCCUGCGGAGCCCAAGAUCCCUCCGUCGGAGAAAUGCUGCCGCGCCGUCGGCGACGUAACGAUCCCGUGCCUCUGUUCGUUCGUGACCGAGCAGUUCGAGAAGGGGGUGUGCAUGGAGAAGCUCGUGUUCGUCUUCGACUACUGCAACAACCCGCUCAGGCCGGGCUGCAAGUGCGGGAGUUACAAGGUUCCUCCGUUAGGCUUGGGUCUAGAAGGGAACGACUGCUGA